GUUUGGGGGAAAUCUAAAAUUUCCCUAAUCUGAAGCGCAGGCAGAGACCUUCCCACUCCUCAGAGUGUCGCCGCAGCAGCCUCCGUCGCCGGCAGAAAUUGCAAUCUUCUGCUGCCUUAUUGCCAAAAUUCUUCCUAGGCUUUCUAUUGCUACCUCGAUUUUUCAGAAAUGCAGAAGGCGACCAACACCAACACCAACGCAGUGGCACUGCACAACACGCACGUGAAACUCUUAGCCUUCGAUCUCCUCUCUCUAACCCAAUCCCCUUUCCCUUCUUCGGACGCCACGACGUCGUUUUUCCGCAGAGGAAUCCCGAUCUCGCGCGUGGAAACCGUGGGCACUAUCACGCUGCGCGACCUCAAGCAUGAUCGCUUCCUCCGCUUCGCCGUCGACGACGGCACCGCCUGCGUCCCCUGCGUGCUCUGGCUCAACGACGCCAACUCCCCCUCCGUCGCCCGCCGCCGCCGCCACGAACUCGCUGCGCGCUUCGCCGCGCUCGUCAAGCUCGGCGCGGUGGCCAGAGUGAGAGGCAGGCUCAGCCGCUUCAGGGGAACGCUGCAGGUGACUGUCUCCGACGUCGCGAUCGAGAGAGACCCCAACGCGGAGAUCUUCCACCGCCUCGAUUGCAUCUUGCUGGCUCGCAACUGUUACAACAUCUUGCCUCCACCGUCUUCUUAUACGCCGCCGCAACCGCCACUGCCACUGCCACCGCCCAAGUAGAAGUGCAAUUCCGUCGUGGAUGGUGCUUUGUUUUGUAUACGAAAAAACGUUGUUUAUCGAACUGUCAUAAUUGUACAUAGAUAUUAGUAUUUAUCAUGUUAAAAGAAUGCAGAACUAAUUUAUUUUUAUUUUUA